AUGAGUGAAAAGGGAGGGAUCAACAACUCACGAGAUGAGGCGAAGGGGAAGUCGGUGCGAGCAAGACCUCUCUUUCCCGUCGGUCGUGUGCGUCGCAUGCUGCGUGGUGGCAACUAUGCAGAGCGUGUGGAUGCUGCAGGGUCGGUAUUCAUGAUUGCUGUGCUGGAAUACUUAACUGCGAGU